AUGUGCUCACUCGCCCCCCAUCCGUUUCUCUCCUUAAGCAAACCGUUCACUAAACGAACUCUCAUUUCGCUCCGAAAUGUAAUCCGCGACUCGGCACUGAACAAACCCGGUAUCUUAGCAGAUUCGUCGGCGAGCCCGUCAAGGGAUGCGGCCGUCCUAAUUCCCUUCUGCAAUGUCAACGACGUGCCCGGAAUACUCUUUGAAGUGAGGGGGAAGACGCUACGGUCGCACUCUGGCGAAAUAAGCUUCCCCGGUGGGAGAAUAGACUCUACCGAUAAGUCUUUUCUCGCUGGUGCACUUAGAGAAACUAGAGAAGAGCUGGGGAUAUCUCCAAAUCGAGUAGAGGUGCUUGGGGAGUUAGGUCCAACAGAAGUGAAUCUACGAGGUAACAUGCGUGUGUGGCCAUAUGUCGCCUUCGUGCAUGGCCACCAGAUCAACGAAAAGGGAACGCUGGACACUCCCCUUUCAUCCAUCGACCUAGAAGAUGUAUGGAAGCAUAGAUCGCUAGAAGAAGUUGCAUCCGUAUUCCACCUCCCCUUGCAAGCCCUCGCAUCCCCCGUGCGAUUGAAAGCCUCCAAGUUCCGAGGUGGAUGGCCCUACUGGGCCGUAGAUGUAUCCGACCUGGUGGAGGCUGAAAAGGUGGAACAUGGUGACGGUGAGUUUGUAGACGAAGUAGGGUGUGGACAAGAAGGCAGAAUCGAAAUCUGGGGGUUAACCGGAUGGUAUCUUUCUCUCCUCACACGGAUACUACAGAUACAUUCCUAG